AUUACUUUAGAUAAUGCCACAGCUAAUUUCUGUUUUGUUGACUUGCUGAAGAAAAAUUUGAAUUUGAAGAAUGCUCUUUUAUGUAGAGGAUUACACUUUCAUAAUAGGUGUUGUGCACAUAUUCUCAAUCUUAUUGUACAAGAUGGACUGAAACACAUAGAUGACUCUGUGGUGUUGGUGCGAUCUAGUAUAGCCUAUGUGAAAGGAUCACAUGCAAGAAAAGUAAAAUUCUUGGAAAUUUGUAAGCAAUUGGGAUUACAAAGUAGUAAGGGCUUACGUGCUGAUGUCUCCACAAGGUGGAACUCAACCUAUCUCAUGCUUGAUUCUGCAUUAUUUUAUUGUAAAGCAUUUGAGAACCUUGGACUAGUGGAUGACAACUUUAAAACUUGUCCUAGUUCUGAACAAUGGUUGAAGAUUGAGAGAUUAACGAGUUUUUUGUAUCCCUUCUAUGCAAUUACUGUUUUGCUUUCUGGUUCCAAGUAUCCCACAGCAAAUUUAUAUUUUGAAAAUGUUUGGGAGAUUCACAAAAGUUUAUUAGAAGAGGUAUCACGUGGGCUCAACUUUAUGAAGCCAAUGGCAGUGGAAAUGAAGAAAAAAUUUGACAAAUAUUGGAGUGAAUAUAGUCCAAUUUUGGCCAUUGCUUUGGUGUUUGAUCCUCGAUAUAAACUUAGUUUUGUGACUUGGGCAUUUUCUAAGCUUUGCAAUCUGGACUUAAAUGCAUCUACAAUGUGCCACAAUGUGAGGAAUUCUUUAUAUCAAUUGUUUGAUGAGUACAAGAGUAUGCAACCAAGUGAUUAUGAUGUUCCUACACUUACCCAUCGUCCUGGGAGAUCUAGAACAAGAUUUGAAUUUAUGGUAUCCGAGCUUGCUGAGAUGGAUAAUGGAAAUAAAUCUCAAUUGGAUAUAUAUCUAGAUGAACCCAAGGUCCCAUUCAAUGAUAAUGAAUAUGAUGAGUAUGAUGUGUUGGCAUUCUGGAAAGCAAAUGGGUCAAGGUAUCCAGAUGUGGCUCGAAUGGCUCGUGAUGUCUUGGCUAUACCAGUUUCCACAGUUGCUUCAGAGUCGGCUUUUAGCGCAGGGGGCCGUGUUAUUGAUAAAUAUCGGAGCAAACUCCUACCUACCAAUGCUGAAGCAUUAAUAUGCCUUCGGGAUUGGAUGUUUGAUAUAGACUUCAGAGCUGAGCCUUUUGAUGAUCCCACUGAUGUGGAUAAUGCACUUGGAAAUAUACUGGAACUAUUGCACAUUGAAAAUGAGAGAGGUGCAGUAGCUAGUUCUUCAGCUGGUCCUACUCCAAGAGAAGGAUAA